GCACAUAACUCUCACAAUAAGGCGAAAUUAUGGACGCGUUCUCGUCGUAAUUUUUUACCCCCCACUUUUUGAUAAAAUAUGAUAGUUUCACUUCUAUUUUUGUGACUAAUGUCACGAUAUUGGCCUUGCUGUCGCGUGCUUUUUUGCUGUCUAUGCCUUCCACGUGACCCUCCACCACGAGCCUUAAAAGUAACGCAAAACAUGUCUGGUUGAGUCUUUUUAUUCUGUCUGCAUGCUGGUAACGCGGCUUUUCAGCACAAGCUAGAUCCAUUCUCCACAUCCAUCAUCCACACACAGAAGUAAUUGCGAGUAUUACUCCGCGGCGGACGAGUACGCCGGCGCAUCGGUUUGAGGUUAUCCCAGUACGCCGGCGACAGCCUUCGGAAAAAAAAAUCACUGGAAUUGACGAGGCCAGAAGGAACACUUCCACCGCUUCUGCCGUUAAAAAAAUGUCCGUCACUCUCCCCCGCCAUGUUGUCUGGGAGUCAGAGCGCCUGGUGGCCUACCUAAACCCGCGGCCGUGGACGCCCGGCUCCGUCAUCCUGGAGCGCCACGUGCCCGGAGCGAUGGCGGGCAGCAUCUUUCACCUGGAGGAGGCGGAGUAUCUAUGCUGGAUGCUGGGUGCCAGGGCGGUGGCCCAGCUGCUGUGCGACAAGCUCAAGGUGCACCGGUGCGCCCUGGUCGCCAGGCCCCACGUGGACAGACCCGCUCAGAUCCGUAUCCUCCCGUUGCACGGCCUCGAUGGCGAGUGGUGCGCUCACCUGGCAGGGGAGGAGGAGUACCACGGCCACGAUCCGGGUUUCUGCACCUCCAAGACGGCGCCCCGGUGGAGCGACGCCCGCCUGAACGAAAUCCAGGCCAGGAUCCGCGCCAAGCUCCCGAACCCCAACGCGCCACCCGACCUGACGUUCUUGGGCGACGACCCGGCCGACGCCGGCCUCUUCCCGCGCAUCGUACGGGGCGAGGAGCCGCAGUGGCGGCUGUGGGAGGACGACGCCCACGUGUCCUUUCUCACCCCGUUCCCCAACUCACCCGGCUUCACGGUGCUCAUCCCGCGCCGUCCUCUGUCCUCCGACAUAUUCGGGCUAGAAGCGGGCGACUACGAGGGGCUGGUGCUGGCCGCCCGCAAGGUGUCUCAUCUCCUGGAGAAGGGCUUGGGGGCGUGGGGCGUGGGUCUGAUCUUCGAGGGCUUCGAGAUCGAUUACGCCCACGCCAAGUUGAUCCCGCUGCUGUCUUCCGGGGAAGGAAAGUGCAGCGCCCUGACGGCGCCUGACCAGUGUUUCCUCUCGUAUCCCGGCUACGUCACCUCGGAAGAUGGACCCGGAGCGUCCUUUGAGAGUUUGGAGGAGUUGUACGCCAAAAUGACCUUCAAGUAGAACGGUUCGCAACGACAACUUUAAUUCAUUCCAUGACCGCAACAUACACCGACCCAUCACCAGACCUCAGUAUUAAGCGUGGAACAUACAAUUACGACUCUACUGACAUUAGUUUGCUCCAUAUUUUUAGUACUUUAAGGCACUGGUGCCAAACUCAAGGCCCGGGGGCCAGAUCUGGCCCGCAGCGUGGUUUUAUGUGGCCCACGGAGGCAAAUCACGUGCAUCAACUUCCAUAUUUUUUGUUCAAAUCUGUACCAAAAUUUGAAAUCUCAUAAAUGAUAACGUUGAGAAAUUACAAGCAUUUUUGUGUCAAUUACCCUUGAUUUUUAAUUCCAAAACUAGUACAUAAAUUUCAUUAAAGAUUUUUUUUUUUUAUGGUUUCACAGCCACAACGGCCCUCUGAGGCAAACCACAAGUACAAUGCGGCCCGCGGCAAAAAUGAGUUUGACACCGCUGCUUUAAGGCGUCGGCGCUCGCUCGCAUGGCUCCGUGUGCAUCAUGGAAGCUAUCUGCCUUAUUAAUUUUUUUGCUUUGAGAUGAAUUUCACCAAUAAACACUCAAGACAACUCAUGGGAUUAAGACUGAACUAAAGACUUUCGUUAUUCUUAAAAAAAAAAAAUGUAAAGAUUAAAGAGACUAUUACAUUUUCACACAGGACCAGAUACCAAGUUU